UAAGACCGCGCGAAAGAUUCUCGACAAAAUCACGUGUAUCUAAAAUAUAAAGUGAUUGAGGUCUUCGAACUUUCAAAUAAAAAAAUUGAUUUUCACGAAUUAAGGAUAUUUUUCGUAUUUAAAACACAAAUCAAAAUCAAUGCAAAUAAUUGUUAUUAUAAAAAUAUUAACUUUCUUUGAAUUCAAAUCUAAAAUAAAUUUUAGAUAAUCUCUCAACAUUAAAGUGAAUGUGAACAGUUUUAGUGAUGACAGUGAGUUUUUUGAAUUUCAUUAAAGUGCCACAUGAUCAAGAGGUAUCUGAGCAUACAUAAUCAGUGAUAUACGUUUGGCUAUGUCAAAGUACCGGACGAUGAGCUGGCGUUAGGCGCAGAUGGACAGAAUAAGAAAAACCCCAGAAGUCAAUGGAAACAAUGGCUGGCAUGCAUUUCAGCUACUCUAUCAAUGGUGUCCGUGGGCACAGUUUAUGGAUGGGUGACAACGAUAUUAUCUCGCCCGUAUGACGACAUUGAUAUUCCUAUAAAAAUAAAUUCCGAAGAAGGCUCAUGGAUCUCGUCCUUGACUGUCAUAGGUUCAAUGCUUGGUUCCUUUCUGGCAGCCUGGUUGUCUGAUCGGUUUGGACGAAAACGAUGUCUUCUCCUGACCAGCAUCUUCUAUAUAACAGGUUGGACCGUAACAAUCUUCGCCUGGAAAGUCGAAUACCUCUACGUGGCCAGAAUAAUUUUAGGAGUCGGAGUCGGCAUGUCCUACUCAACAAAUCCCAUGUAUGUCUCCGAAGUGGCAGACGUUAAAAUCCGUGGAGCCCUGGGAACUUUAAUAGCAGUCAACGUCUUCACUGGAUCCCUCUUGAUGGUCUCAAUUGGACCCUGGGUCUCUUACCAAAUUCUGGGCACAGUGGGUCUCAUAAUCCCUUUAAUUUUUGUCCUAGUCUUCCUCUUCUUUCCAGAGAGUCCCUACUACCUCGCAACCAAAGAAAAGCACCAGCAAGCCAUGAAGGUCAUUGCAUUUUUUAAAGGAAUCGAAGACAGGGAUGAAGCUAAGAAAGAAUUAGACAUUGUUCUCGAAGCCAUCAGCCAACAUUCCGAGGCAUCAGAAAAUUGGAGAGACAGAUUUCGACAGCUUUUUCUCCCCAACAACCGGAAGGCACUUUUAAUCAUCAGUGGUCUCAUCCUAACGCAACAACUAAGUGGAAAUUUCAGCAUGAUGCAGUACAUUCAAGAUGUUCUAACAAAGGCCAACGAUAUUGGCUUGGAUCCUUACAAAUCUACCAUUAUUAUUUUCGCCGUUGGUCUUCUAGCUGGAACUGUAUCAACUUUUACAGUCGAUUGUUGUGGAAGAAGGCCUCUGCUGUUAUUUUCAAUCAUAGGGUGUACUAUCACAUUAGGAAUUUUCGCUACUUAUAUCUACCUAGAUUCGAGAUUUGUUGAUUUAUCUUCUGUGAAUUUGAUUCCUAUCAUCGACAUGGUCUUCUUCCAAAUAGUUUUUCAGAUUGGAUUAGGAACUCUACCAAAUGCUCUGAUUGGAGAACUCUUCCCUGGAAAUGUUAAAGGAAUCGCUGCGGCUAGUUUGACGGUUCUUGAUGGAAUUUUGACUUUUACGGUUGUCAAGUUAUACCAACCGAUCAAUGAUGCUUAUGGACAACACAUGAUGUAUGCAUUUUUUGCUGUGUCUUGCUCUCUAGCUUUCUUCUUUGUUUUGGCAUUUGUUCCGGAGACAAAAAAAAGGACCUUGAAUGAGAUUCAAGAAAUCUUGAGUCAAAAAGGAUUUAGGCAUAGGAAAAGAAGAGUGUCGGUGUGAUGAUUCUCGAGAUAAAUUUCGAGAUGAUUUUUGAUAUAGAUCAAGAUACUUGGUUUCUUGAGCCUGUAAAUAAUUAAGAAUAUUGUAUAUAUUGUGUACAUUUUCAUACCGUGUUUAAGAAAAUCGUAAAGAGAUUCUUGAUUGUUUUACAAUUCUUGAUUGUAUGCAUUUUAGGAGUGAGAGUAAAGAUAAAAGUCUUUUUUAGAUUCAUUGAAAAAAUCGGUGACUUUUACAUUGAAUUCAAAAUAAUAUCAAUUCUGUGUCAAGCAUCAAAAUUAAAGAUUUUUCAACAAAUAUUAUCGCUUG